AUGGAGUUGCAGACUACAGGCCUGCAGGAGUCUCCCGUGAACCCCUGGGAAGGGAUCAGUGAUGCCUCUGGCCGUGCUGAUGGGUUGCCCUGUGUCUCGGACUCUGACCACCCUCCUUGUUCAUUAGACGUCAGGUUCACGAGGCAAAAAGCCGCCUGGAUUAACCCCCACUGUGUGCAGCCACAGUUGCAGGAUUUGUGCCUCCCGGUAGCAACCGUGGGGAAGAAUGGGGGCCACCUUGUGGCUGAUAUUCCUUCUCCCUCUGGUCCUUCACCGACACCCCUUGGGAACGCCCUGACAGAGACACCAUUGUUGAAGGAGAGUCCACAGCUCUCCCUGGACAGUUCCUCUGUCCCUGGCCCCUGUGGAAAGAAUAGAUGCUUGUUUUUGAGCUCAUCUCAAGAGCGGGCUGUGCUCCCAAGAAGCUCUCCUCAGAGGUCCCAAUUCACCAGCAAUCAGACUGACGAUUCUUUUACCUUGCCUAACCACCGAACAACUGAUGAAGGUGCUGCUCAAGGCAAUGGACGAACCAUUUCUUUGAAUUCCUUCUUACCAGAAGCAUUUGUGCUCCCUGUCGAUAUAGAAAAGGAAAAUGCCCACUUUUAUGUUGCAGAUAUGAUUAUAUCAGCAAUGGAGAAAAUGAAAUGCAAGAUCCUUAGUCAGUGGCAGACAGAGAACUGGAGUGUAGAUGAGGCCAGGGGCUCACUUGGGGAAGAUCAGGUUGACGCAGCAGUGACCUUUGAUGCUGGAGUAAAGCAAGAAUCUGUGUCUUCCACUUCUCCAGACAGUGGCUGCGAAGGUUAUGCUGUGUUAAACGUCAGCCCAGUGGUUGAAACUGCAACUGACUAUGGUGUGGCAAAGGAGGCCUGCAGUUGUGACUCUGAUGAAUUUGUUAUUUUAGAACUUGGAGAGUUGAACGGUACGACAGAAACCUGUGGCUGUUCUUCCAGCUCCUCUAAAAGUGGCAUUUAUGAGCCAGACUUUAAUUCUGCUGAACUAAUAGCCAAAGAGCUGUACCGAGUUUUCCAGAAGUGCUGGAUGCUGUCAGAAGUUAAUUAUCAGUUGGCCAGUUCCUUGAAUGCAGAUUGCUCCACGGUUGUAAAUGAAGAACAUGUCCGAAAACAGUUUGAAUCCAGUAUGGAUGCAGUACAGGAAAUCAAAGUUAAGUCUCGGAUCAGAGAAACUGAAGAUUGGGUCCCACCUCGAUUUCAAAUUAUAUUUAAUGUCCAUCCACCACUCAGGAGGGAGCUCGUGGUAGCAGCCCAGGAUUUUUUCUGUGCUGGCUGUGGGACUCCAGUAGCACCUAGGUUUGUGAAGCGGCUGCGUUACUGCGAGUACCUGGGCAAGUAUUUCUGCGAUGGUUGCCACUCUUAUGCGGAGUCCUGCAUCCCCGCCCGCAUCCUGAUGAUGUGGGACUUCCGGAAGUACUAUGUCAGCAAUUUCUCCAAAAGGCUGCUGGAGAGCAUAUGGCACCAGCCCAUUUUCAAUGCGCUGACCAUCAAUCAUAGCCUCUACGCAAAGGCCAGGGAAUUGGACAGAGUGAGAGAACUGCAGGAGCAACUUGUUCAUAUCAAGAAGCUGUUGUGGACCUGCAGGUUUGCUGGAAGCAUGUUACAGGAGUUUGAGCAGGUGCCGAGACACUUGACUGAUGAGAUCCACUUGUUUUCCCUGGACGACCUGGUCAGGAUCAAGCGAGGACUGCUGCUGCCCUUACUGAAAGAACUCCUGAAGGUUUCCCUCGCGCACGUGACUGACUGUGAGCUCUGUCAAGGAAGGGGCUUCAUUUGUGAAUUCUGCCAGAGCAAGACUGUUAUCUUCCCCUUUCAGACCGCAACGUGUAGAAGAUGUGCAGUGUGCAGAGCUUGCUUUCAUAAACAAUGCUUCCAGUCCUCCAAGUGCCCCCGGUGCGCAAGGAUCACAGCUCGGAGAAGCCUCAUGGAAAGUUUGCCCUCGGCAGCGACGUGA